AUGGACCGCGAUACUUCGCCUGUCAACGCAUAUACACACGGUAAAUCGAUCAAAUUUAUUGAAUGCUGUGUAACACAGCCAUUUACAUGGCAAAUUAACACUCUUAAAGAUACGCUGAAAGAUGAAUGUGAUGAACUAAGAGAAGAUGCUGAACGUCAUACAAAUGAUGCUGAUGCAGCAGAAAGAUUACUUGAUUCUAAGAUGAAUAAUAUUCAACGAACAUUUAAUACUGAAUUUGAAGGACUUAGACAAAAUAUCAAGAGACGUAAACCAAAUCCAUCAGAGGCAAACUAUGAACAAAAAGAAAGAACUUAUGUUGAAUUUAUUAAUCAAAGUUCUCGUAGUUCUUAUUCUAAUAUAAGAACGGGUGGUAGUCAAUCGAAUGGUGAUUCAAUGUCAUUAUCAAAUAAUCGAAGUUCUACUAGAACAUUAGUUCAAGAUACUAUAAAGAGAAAAUGUAAUACAUUACUAUUAAAAUUACAUUUAAAAGAUGAUAAAAAAAGGCAUGAAGAAAAAAUUAGAAAUAUGUCUGACAAAGAAAGAGAUCAAUUUAUUGGUGAAUUAUUAAAUGAACUUAAAACAGAUUUAUUUACAAUUUUGGAUAAUAUUCGACAACGAUUGAAAAGUCAACGUCCAACAGAUUUAAAUGAUCCAGACUAUGAAGCAAAAAUUAAAUUAUAUUGUGACUUACUUAAAAUAGCAUCAUCUCUACUUGAAGAAGCAAAUAAAUCAGUUAAAGAAAUAUUUGAUGAAUUUCAUCUAUUUCUAGAUGAAUUAUGGAAUGCAAUAUAUCACCAAAAAAAUACUGAUGAAAUAAUGGAACAAUUUAACCAAAGACUUGAUCAUCAUAUGCAAACAAAAUGGGAAAGUAUUUUUAAGACCAUUGAUGAGAUAAUACAAGAAGUGGAAAAAGGUAUGAAACAAGAACAACCACAACAUAUGAGACAUUAA